AUGACCAAGACCACUCUCUUCGCCGCCGUGCUAGCCAUGGCUUCCACCGCCUCCGCUCACAUGUUCAUUGAGAGCCCUGUCCCCUUCUCUGGUGUCAUGAAGGACCCGCUGCAGGCUGAUGGCUCGAACUUUCCCUGCCAGGGUAGUGGCUACCAGAUCACAACUAUGAACGAGUGGGCCGUCGGCUCUGACGUCACUGUUUCGUUCCCUUCAGACCAGACAGCUACUCACGGCGGCGGAUCCUGCCAGAUCUCUGUCUCUAAGGACGAGAAACCUACUGCUUCGUCCAAAUGGAAGGUCAUCCACUCUAUCUUGGGUGGCUGCCCUACAACUGGCGCUGGCAACUCGGGCGAGCUCGGUAAAUUCGGCUUCAAGGUUCCCUCUGAGCUCCCGGAAGGCCAGCUGACCAUGGCUUGGACCUGGUUCAACAAAGUCGGCCAACGUGAGAUGUACAUGAACUGCGCUCCCAUCAAGGUCUCAGGUGGUACUGGUAAGGGUUUCGACGACCUACCAGACAUGGCUAUCGCAAACAUCAACGCCCCUGGUGCAUGCAAGACAUCUGAGGGGUUUGACUACACCUUCGCCAACCCUGGUGAAUCUGUCGUCAAGCUUGGCACCGGCCCCUUCAAGGAGCUUUGCGGUGGUGCUGCCUCUGAGGGCGGUAAUACUACCCCUUCUGCUUCAUCUGGCAACUCUGGCAACCCUGACACUGCACCCGCUCCCGCUUCUCCCAAAGAGCCAGCAACAACUCCCGCGCCCACCACUCCUCAGGCUCUUCAGGCUCCCUCUACCGGUGGCUCUACCUGCCCCAAGGACGACGCUAUCCUCUGCAACGGCGAGUCCCAGUUCGGCGUCUGCUCCAACGGCCAGGUUAUUUACCAGCCUGUAGCCGCUGGCACCAAGUGCUCGAACGGCAAGAUCGCUCGUCGCGACCUCCACCGUAACGCGCGCACUGCUAUCCCUGCCAUCUGA